AUGGAUGAGGAAUCUGCACUGAAAACUCUCACCGAAAACGUUCGGGAUCAAGAUGACCUGGAACGGGAUAUUACACGUCGGGCUAAUCUAGCCAUGAUCGACGUCGAGGAUGAAAGGGACCAGAAGCGCAUUGAAAAAGCUGAGGCCAACAUACGAAGACUCGAACUCCAGAAGCAGUCACAAGAGGAGAGCUUCCGCAAGGCAAUUGGCAGGCCGGCAUUGAAGGAGAAGAUCAAGCAGGAGAUUGCUCGACUAGAGUCCGAGAUAGAGAUUUCUGCCAGGGACAUUCACGACUUCCAUAGUCGUAUUGACCAACGGCACCAAGGCGCUGCUGAUGGAAGCGACCUGCUUCAAGGUGGCAGUCAGAAGCUACCAAACGAGAGCCAUCGCGAAUUCCUCAUCCGCACUGGAAAGAUCACACCGUUUGCCAAAUUCGGUGCUAGGUUUGGAGAUGAUCAACGUGAUGCCGUCGAAGGAGAAUUGGCAAAUGCCUUGGCCAAUGCAGAAGAUGAAGCUGUUGCUGAGGAGUGGGAAGAAUUGGAGAAAGACGCGGGUUACGGGCCGAGGUCUCACCAGAACCUUCGAGCACCUGGCUUCAAUGAGGAGCCUGACGCUGUGUCAGCUGUAGCCGAGACAGAAUUCUCAUUGCGCCCACGCAAGAAGCGCAAAGUCCAGCGCAGCAGCGACAGCCCAGAGGCGUCCACGUUUUUCAAUACCACAUCUGAUACGGUGGAUAAUGAGGCAGAUUUCGUCGACGAUGAACAAUCGGAAGGAUAUGAUCUUACGGACCGACCUCAAAAAAAGAAGAGGAAGCGUGUUAAGUCAUCCAAGGAUGACGAGAAGACGGAUCUGAGUCAUAUUGACGACGGCAAUGAAAAUGUUUAUCAAAGCAGACUGGCAGAUUGGGUGGAGAGAAGAAGCAGAGCACGCCUUCACCAACAAGGCGUCGCUGCCGAUCAGCCGGAGCAUGGCGAAGAAGGUAACGACGACCAGCCCGAAUGGUUUAAGCCUUCUCCCGAUGGGCCGGACCACGACUUUGGAAACGGACUCAAACUUCCAAGUGACAUCUACCGGGCCCUAUUUGACUACCAGAAGACUGGAGUGCAGUGGCUUGCUGAGUUGUACAAUCAGAAGGUUGGAGGCAUUAUUGGAGAUGAAAUGGGCCUUGGCAAAACUGUGCAGCUCAUUUCUUUCGUCGCAGCUUUGCACUACAGCAGAAUGCUGGAUAAGCCCGUAAUUGUCGUGGCUCCUGCAACAGUGCUGCAGCAAUGGGUCAAUGAGUUCCAUCGUUGGUGGCCACCUCUGCGUGUCUCUAUUCUUCACUCCUCCGGAAGUGGAAUGUUGAAUGUUCGGAGCGAGAGCCGAAUCGAAGACGAUGAGCGUGCCAGGGACAAGCGAAAUGAUGAUACACCGUCGGGCAAAGCGGCGAGACGGAUCACGCAGCGGGUCGUUGACCAUGGCCAUGUUCUUGUCACGACCUACGCUGGUCUGCAGACCUAUGGCAAUAUUCUUAUUCCCAUUGAGUGGGGGUAUGCCGUUCUGGAUGAGGGACACAAGAUUCGGAACCCCAACACCGCAAUCACGAUCUAUUGCAAAGAGCUUCGAACCCCGAACCGUAUCAUUCUCUCGGGUACCCCCAUGCAGAACAGUCUGAUAGAGUUGUGGUCUCUUUUCGAUUUCAUCUUCCCGAUGCGGCUUGGACACCUCAUCGACUUUCGGAAUCACUUUGAGAAUCCUAUUAGGAUAGGCGGAUACGCUAAUGCAUCCAAUCUGCAAAUCAUGACUGCGGAGAAGUGUGCCCAGGUGCUGAAAGAUGCCAUCAGCCCUUUCCUUCUCCAGCGACUCAAGAUGGAUGUCGCGACGGAUCUCCCCAAGAAGAGCGAGCAAGUCCUGUUCUGCAAAUUAACCCGCCCGCAGCGAGACGCCUAUGAGCUCUUCUUACGAUCCGAAAAAAUGAAUUUAAUCUUAAACAAGAAUAUGAACUCACUUUUUGGUAUCGACAUUCUUCGCAAGAUCUGCAACCAUCCAGACCUACUGGAUCAGAAGCUGAGAGUGAGUCAAUCCUACAAUUGGGGCAUGGCCAACAAGUCCGGCAAGAUGCAGGUUGUGAAAUCACUCUUGCCAAUGUGGAAGAAGAUGGGCCACAAGUCAUUGUUAUUUAGCCAAGGUACCCAAAUGCUCGAUAUACUCGAAAAGUUUGUCCAACGUCUCGGUGGGAUCAACUAUGUGAGGAUGGACGGCACCACUGCUAUUAAGGAUAGACAGAUCCUUGUAGACAAAUUUAACACCGACCCCGAGCUUGACCUAUUCCUGCUCACAACGAAGGUUGGGGGCCUAGGAGUCAAUCUCACAGGUGCCAGCCGCGUCAUCAUCUUCGAUCCCGACUGGAAUCCGUCCACUGAUGUCCAGGCUCGCGAGAGAGCAUGGCGUUUGGGACAGAAGAAGGAGGUCACUAUCUACCGACUCAUGACAGCUGGUACAAUUGAGGAGAAGAUUUACCACCGCCAAAUCUUCAAGCAGUUCCUGAGCAACAAGGUCCUCAAGGAUCCGAAGCAGCGUACAAAAUUCGAACUCUCUGACCUGCAUGACUUGUUCACUCUUGGCUCGGUUGACGAGAAAACCACGGCAACAGGCAGACUUUUCCAAGACUCCGAGGUAACCUUUAAUGGCUCGCCUGCAUUAGGCGAGUCUGCUUCUGCUUCUACUUCGACCCUAACCACAAAGAGUGCGGGCGGGUUAGUAAGCAAGCCCUCUGAUGGUGACAACGCUCAAGAUCUACGAACCAUAGAUGGUGUCGCCUCCCUUGAGGACUAUCAACCCGCCGCCGAAGGCCAGCCUGCACCCACCGAAGAAGCUCGGCUUAUGGAAGGCAUAUUUGCUCGAUCUGGUGUUCAUUCAGCUUUAGAGCAUGAAACCAUUAUAGAUGGAAAGAGAAAGAUACAACCCAGCCGUGCAAUUCUACAAGCAGACGCGAACCAAGUUGCUGCUGCUGCGAGCAAUUCUCUGCGUAGAGCAGGCGAAGAAGCUAGACAUAUACCCAUUGGGACUGUGACUUGGACGGGUGAAGUAGGAGAAGCCGGCAGACCCUCUAACAUUAGACGUGGCAGAGUCGGUCCAGGUAGUAGCACCAUCCUCGCCAGGGUUGCAGACCGUCAGGGGCGCAACACGACCCCGAGUCGAUCUGGGGCAUCAUCGAGUGCCUCUACUCUACGGGGUGAAACGCCUUCCCGCGCAGCACCAGCGUCUCGAGACUCGUCGAAAAUUGAGGAAUUUGCAAGAAUGAUUCCGGCUUUCAUACGCAGGCACGGAGGUCAGGUCCCCACAAAGCUGCUGGCUGACCACUACAACCGCUUCUGUGUAACGGCCCAAGAUAGUGACGACUUCAAGACUGCGCUGAACCGAGUUGCGGAGAUGAAGCAGAGGGGCGGCACCAUGCGAGGCAUCUGGAGCUUGAAGGAGGCCAAACCUUCGAGCUAG